AUGGCCAGUCGACGGAAGCGCACACAGCUCCCUGGAAGACGUGCAGGACUGCGCUCGCAAAAGCAGGAAAGGGCACAGGAAUUAGCAGUGGAUGAUGGAGCCUGGGCGACAGAGGAAGAAGACGAAGCGGGUGCUGCUGCUCCAGUCCCGCAGGCAGCAUUAGGCCCAGGAGAGGAGUUGCUGACUGUCAUGAGGACCUUCCUGGAGGGACAGCAGAGGAGAGAGGAGGAGUUUCUGGCAGAGCUCAGAGGUCUCCGGGCUUCAUUGCCAGCCCAACAACCAGAGCAGCUGGAGACUGAGCGGAGGCCAGCUGCACCUAGCUCGGCACCAGCCAGCACCGCGUCACCAUCUGAGGGGUCUACAAUGAGUCUUAGGCUGGACCUACCCACACCAGCUCCUCGGCGUCGCUGCAGCUCGUCCAUGAAUGUGCCAAGGGCAAGUGAAGAACAUCCACGAGCGGAAAGCAGACUGUAUGGGGACCCUAAGAUCCCACAGUACCUGGCGGGAGAGGAUAUUGAGAACUACCUGCUGCGCUUUGAGCGUAUCGCCAGAACAUGGGGUUGGCCGGAAUGUGAGUGGGCAUGUCGUUUGGUGCCUCUACUCACUGGAAAGGCGUUGGAGGCAUAUACGGCUAUGGACGAGGAACGGGCACACUCCUACCCGGACCUGAAGGCAGCCCUCCUUACCAAGUUUGACGUCUCCCCAGAGACUUAUCAGCAGCAGUUCCGGUCCAUGGCAAUCCCACCUGGAGAGAACCUAACAGAGACUUACCACCGUUUAAAGGGGCUCUACCGACGAUGGAUCCGGCCAGAGCAGCACACUAAGGAGCAAAUCGGGGAGCAGAUUAUCUUGGAGCAGCUGCUACGGGUCCUCCCGGCAGACAUUCGCACCUGGGUGAAGGAGCACGAGCCAACAGAGGGAUUAGCUGCGGCCAAGCUAGCGCUGCAGUACCUCAAUGCGCGGAGGGGAGGCCCAGCUGCCUACCCAGGGGGCCCUGGUCGGCAGCCUUCUUCUCAACCCAGACCGGCAACCAGAGUCAACUCCCACCUGCCUGGAGAUCCCAGCCCUGCACCCAGCCAACGUGGUCCCGGUAAGGAGCUUGUUUGUUUCUACUGUCAGCAGUCAGGUCAUAAAGCUUCCCUGUGCCCAAUCGAAAAAGCUAAACUUAGCGGGGCAUGUUAUACCCCACGUGCUGAGGAUGUCAGUGCUGGAGAGAGGCGGCAGUGUUACAAGGAGGUUACUAUUAAUGGUGAACCCGUGACAGCUCUGGUUGACUCUGGUAGCUUGUCAACCCUGGUCCGAAGGGACGUCGUGCCUACAAGCAUCGUAGAUUACAGCAGGCAGGAAACCAUUUUGUGUGUACAUGGUGACUGCCAUUCCUACCCUACUGCUGAUCUGACAGUGACUGUGGAUGAACAACCGUAUUUGUUGUCGGUGGGGGUGGUGGAGAAGUUACCAGUAGCUGCCAUCCUGGGGUGGGAUCUACCUGUGCUGAUCGAUGUGUUGCAGGAAGGGGGAGCUAAAGUCAGUGACUGUGGCAGGGGGUUUUCGGGUCCUGUGAUCACCCGUGCGCAGGCAAGGACAGGGGUCCAAUCUCGAACCUUUUUCUACCCUGGACAGUGAGUU